AUGAAAAAUGAUAAUAUGGUACCGAAGAAGUGUUUAUCCGUUGUUUUAAAUAAUUUUCUAUUCGAUUUCCAGAAAAGAUCCAUAUGCAAUUGCAGAUUUAUUGGCGAACUGUUUAAAAACGGCGCGUUCCCAGAAAAGUAUAUACUCAAGUGCAUUGGAGAUUUAGGUAAAGAGAAGAAUGACAACAACUAUGAACUACAAAUGCACUGUUUGUGUAUAAUAUUACAAUCAGUUGGGCUAAUAUUAUCAAAAACGUCAUAUGAUUUGAACAAAAAAAUCAAUAAACUUGUAUCCUCUAUGGAAAACUAUGGGAUGUCAUCGACAUUAAAAUGUUUGAUAAAGAAACUAAAAAUAAUGAAUUCCAAGGGUUGGAUGGAUGAGGAGCCUGUUAAGUUUGCGGGGACAAAUUACAAUGCAUAUUGUGAUUUACCACCACACAUGCAAAUGGUGUAUAGGGUAAGAUCAAAGAAAAUAAUGUCUGACUGGGCUUAUGACGAAAGUCGUGACCAUCGUUUAAAUGUUGUCAACAAUUAUAAAAUUGAGCGGUCAGUUGAGGAUUUGCAGGAGAAAUUAUCUACUCCGAUUUGUUCAAUAAGUUCUGAACAAAGAUCGGUAAAACAGAUUACACCUUUUACAAAAAUUGGUGGGGGGAGAGUUGUUUUAAUUCCGACAUUGAUGUUGUUAUUUGAAAUUGACUCAUUAGAAAUCGGUGGAGUAGGUUUUGUUGGAGAGGUGGGCUGUGGAUCAUCUUGUGAGAGCACUUCAAAGCGGUUUGACGUAAAAAAUAAUUUUUUGUUGUUUUGUAUUUUUGGCGAAUUUUGUUCGGAAGAAGAGGAAGAGAGAUUUCUUUUAUUAUUACUUUGA